GGCACAGCCCAGUGCCUCAGGUUUACGCUCCUGAAUCCCCCAAAUUCCUAUCUUGCCUUCUUGGCUCCUCCUCUUCUCUCACCUCUGAAGUCCUGGCUGAUUCCUACACAUUUAGCCAAGGAAUGAAUGAUUGAAUAUGCCAGUACCUCUGCCAGGACCGACACCAAUUAGAUGCAGCCAGUGCCUAUCAUUGGGCUCCUGAGAGGCAAUGCAUCUGAAAGAAGAAAAAGAGGGGAAGAAAAAAGACAAAAGACAGAAAAGCAGAGGGUUAGGGGACUUGCUCCUGUGCUCUGGUCCAUGGGCAUGUUUACACGGGGACAGAAGAUGCAAAUUCGAGGGGGUGGUUUCUCUUUAAAAAUGAUAUAGAUGCUUGACUUUCUCAAGCAAAAUAAACAACAGGUGGCAAUCUCGUAUCUACACGGUCACCUGAAAGAUAAAUGCAUGAAAGGGCUAAUGCAAAAUUAUUUAAAUGCAUAAUUGUUGAACCGAUAAAAAAAAAAAGGAUUAGUAAUCAUAUCCAUAGAAAUAAGUAAGUCUGUCUAGGGAGUGAUGGAAAGCACAGCGCCACCUGCUUUGAGCAGAGUCACGUAGGAUUUUAGGCCCAAGUCUCAGCUUUAAAUCCACCAACUGUCUGACCUUGGGCAAGCUACCUGACCUCUAGCAUUUUAGUUUCUGAAUUUUUUAAAUGGGGAUAAUUAUACCUGCCCCCAAAAUCUUUGUAAAGAAAGAUCAAAGAGAUACCUAAAAACAGGGUUUGGCAUAUACCAAGUGCUCCAUAAAUAUUAGCCUGCCAUACAGACUAACCUAUGGUAAUUUAUCAAAUACUAAAGCAAAAAUCUUAAGAAAAAAACUGGCUGGAAAAACCUCAAUCUUAUUUGGUAAGACAUUUCAUGCCUUACAGACCGUAUCAUAUUAGCUGCUGCUUGUGUUUAUGAUAAACAACUUAUUAUUUCGCUCAGCCUGACAUCCAUUCUAAUGACUUUUACGUAAAUCUGUUUCAUUAGGAAAAUCCACACUUAAAAUACUAGAAGUUUGGACUUCCUUGGUAGCUCACAGGGUAACUACUUGGCAUUGCUUCUACAGCAGCUGUGGCUUGACCCCUGGCACGGGGGCUUCCAUGGACAGCAGGUGCGGCCACAUGUUAAAAAUAAAUAAACAAACAAAUAAAUAAUAGAAGUUUAAAUAAUCAAAACUAAAUUUGCUUUCGAGUUCCCUUAUGACUCAGCGGGUUAAGGACCUGGUGUUGUCACUGCUGUGGCUCUGGUUAUAGCUGUGACUCUGGUUUGAUCCCUGGCCGGGGAACUUUUGUAUCCCUCCGGUGUGCACACGCACGCACACACCCACACCCCUAUAUUUCCUUCACUCACAGACAUCCACACAACUAUUCAUGGUACACUUCUGGAGAUAGCUAGACUCUUUAUGCUGAUGAGUUCUGCCUUUUCAUUCCUUUAUUAUGAUGGGUGAGGGUGAGGAGCCCGGGAACAACUGUCAUUUGAGGAAGCUGCAACAAUGUUUAAAAUUUUUCUUUGUAUUUCUUCCCUUUACCAAAAAAAAAAAAAAAAAAAAGGAGAGGCAUAUCAAAUUAGUAUAAUUCUGAGGAAAGUCUGUAACAUAAAUUUAUCAAACAUCAAAUCUAGUUUAGUGGAAACCCCUUUAUUAAGGAAUGAGGUCAUGUCUCUUGCAAUGAAUCAUGUUAAAUUUAUCCGUUACAUUUAUCUUUUCUGGAUACCUUCCUUCCUUCAUUUAUUUGUCAUUUCCAAGCCUCUAAUUCUUGUUGAUUGCUCAAUUAAAUAAAAUCACUGAUUUUUUUUAAUUUUGAAGAGAGCAUGAGACUGAAGCUACAAAGUAUUAUCUAUGUUAACACACCCGCUUUUAACUAUACGAUAAUUUUUUUCUAAACAAUGUUUUUAAAAAGCAAAUAUCAACUUAAUUUUAUUUAAAACUCUGCAAACAUUUUCCAUUUCUGUAUUUCUUAUCUCAUGUGUGUCUUCUCUCCUUUGCCAUCUUCCUACUCCUUUGAUAGCGGGAAGGAAAUAGAAAAGAUGGUUAUUCCUUAUUAAAACUGUUCCAUUAGCUAGAAAACUUCUUUAGGAUGAAAGAAAACCCUGCUCUUCGCAUUGACUAAUAACUGAUUGAUCUCCAUACAUUUCUCUACUGCUCAUUUACCUUUACUCCAAAAUUGCCCACUAAAAGAUUACAACUCCACUUAAAUAACAUUCGGGUAUUUUCAAAGACAAUCUGAGGAGAACUAUCAUCUCAAGGGUUCUUUCAAAGGUCUCAUCUAUUCCGAGGCCUUGAGAUAUGAUCCAUUACAUAGGCUAUAGCAAGAUUUUAAGAUAAUCAGAAUUAUUCGAACAAUGGAAGCGAACUUAGGAAGCUAAGGGUCCAGCACCCUCCUUUUACAAGUAAGGAAACUAAGACCCAGAGAAGUUGUACUGUCUAGAAGAAGGUUAUUCCAUAUAUUAUGUAUGAAUGUACAACAUAUGAAUUGCUUGAAUUUUUAUUAGGAAUAUUCAGAUGAAUCAUCAUUGAUCCCAACUAAAGGAAUCUUGAAGACAAAACGAAACUGUUUUUAUGACAGUUGGCCCUUUGCAAUUAACAUUUUCAUCUUAAAAGAAACCUUUAUGUCAAACAAAAAUGAUUUUAUUUCCUAGUUGAGAAUGAUUUCGUAUUUUGAAACAGCACCUUAUUCCACUCUCAGAUUCCAUGAUCUCUUGUAAAAGUUAGGUUUUCCCCCUCCGGGUUCCCGCCGCUACUGGGACUCCGGCCGGAGGGGACCGGGCGGUCCGGGGCCCCCGCUCCGCACCCAUGUUGCUCGGAGGAAGGGCGGCGGGCAGGGACAGAGACGGCCGCGACCAGACAAUGUCCUGCAUUCACGGCGGCCUCGGCCAAUCACAGGCCGGCGCCUCCCGGCCCCUCGCGGCGCCACCGGCCACGACUCGGGCCGGAGGAAAACCUGGCCUCCGGGCGGCCAUCUGCGGCCAUCCCCAGGCAGGAGGCCGCGCCCCAACUGCGCCCCGCCCCGGGGCUGGGGGCUCGGGAAGGAGGGCGCCGUGGCGUCCCCCUGGGCAGGGAUCGCGCUCGGAGCGCAGGACGCGCCGCCCCCUCCGGCUCGAACGCGGCGCUGUCCCUUUAAGGCGAGCCUCCUCCCGGGCCGAAGAGCGCGUCGGCGGCCCCGCCGCGGGGGGCAGCGACAUCCGGGCUACCGGGCUGGCGACGAUGACGGCCCCUGGGGCAGCUCCCAGUCCCUGCGGGACGCCCGGCUGGCUGCGGCCGGGCAGAAAUAAUGUAUGCAGUUUGUGUGGUGAAAUUCUGGACCAAUGGCUGCUGUUCAGUGCAAAUGGGCAGAAAUGUUCAUUUUAAGCUCAGACUCUGCAACGUUAAAACUGAGCUGAAGAUGUGAGGAUCAAAGAAGAUAAUCCUGGCAGCCCUGAAACUCUGGACAAGUAGUAGUUACUGGUCCUGGCCUCCACAUUCUGCUUUGGACUUGGAGAUGUUUGGUUUUCGUGGCAAUCAAAAUCUAUCAUCUAUCUAUCUAUCUAUCUAUCUAUCUAUCUAUCUAUCUAUCUAUCUAUCUAAGACAGAAAUAAAUUACUUUUUCAUAAACUAUGACUCCCUAAGGAAAAUUCGUAUACACUUGUAUUUGUUCAUGAGUAAUAGCUGAUAUUAGAGACAAUUGGGGCACUUUACAUAAAAAAAUAAUCAUUGUAGUAAGUGAACAGAGGAUUCCAGUACAGACUAGAUUUUCUUAUGCUCUGUGUGGAGCAAGGGCAAGGUGAUGUGUGUGUGCGUAAGAUUAAUAAAAGUAGAUAACGAAAAAUAAGGCAAAUAUUUAAUGAAGUAUAUAUCUUGUUCAGUGCUCACUGUCAAAGGCUAAAAAGAAGAUGUUCGUCAAUAAGAAUGUUUAUUUGUUGUUAUUGACCCAUAAUAAAUCUGGGGGGUAAAGUAACAAAGUGGCAACAAAAGCACUCCUGUUAUCCUUGACUCCUUCACCCAAGUUUGAAAUAUUUGGCCAGCGGUUAAUCAUCCUCCUGGGUUUGACUGGAAACUCAUUUUGUGCAGAAGGCUCUGGUGCAUGCAGUAUGAAUGGUAAAAUAAAUACAAUCUGCAUUUUCCCUCAAGGGAGAGUUCUGAGAAAGAAACCAAGCCCUAAGACGUUUGUGAGUGAGCCUAUAUCCUUUUCGAGGGAUGGAGGCUGAGCAGGCAACCCCCCAGCUGCCUCUACCUGCAGCUUCUAACCCGAUCCAAGAGCAAGUAAACGAGGCACCCUCCUCCCACCCCGGCCCUCGGCCUGAGUACAACUCUCACCCUCUGCUGUUCUACUCGCAGACUCUCUGUCUCUAAAAUGUUCCACUUUCCAGAGAUGCUAAUUAAAAUCGCAACCUCCCUGGCGGGGGUAUAGCUGGCAAAAUAAUCUUUUACCUGCUCAGCCGAGAUCGUUCUUAUCCUGCUGAGACCAAGAAAGGGAACGAAUAGGAGGAGAGCAUGUGAACGGCAGAGGUGGAAAGAAAGGACUGGUGACCCAUGGAAGUGAGACCCAAAAGCACGUUGACAGUUUGCGUGGACAGUCCCCCAGCUUCGUUUCUGUGCAAGUGCAACAGCCACACCUGCCAUCCCAUCCUGUGUUCUCAGGCUCCCGAGAUCUCUGUGUCUGGCCGCAGCCAUAUUCCUUGACUGUCAUGGGGUUCAGCUGGAUUCAGACUAGAUUCAUGGUAAACAUGGUACUAGAUUUAAAAAACGAUCCAGGAGUUGCCUUGUGGCACCGCAGGUUAAGGAUCCAGCGUUGUCACUGUGGCUGCUCAGGUCACUGCUGUUGCAUGGAUUCAAUCCCUACUGAGCCAUUCAGACUGUCUACAGAUUUCAGUUUUCACAUUUGUGAAAAGAGAGAGUUGAUUAGUUCCUAUUCUGCUCUGAGUUUCUCCUUCUCCCAGCUAACCUCUCUGCCAACUCUUUUUUUUUGGUCUCUUUAGGGCCACACUCUCAGCAUAUGGAGGUUCCCAGGCCAGGGGUUGAAUCAG